AUGAAGAUUGCUGGGAAGACUGUGUGUGUGUCUCUGCUUCUCACCAUCGCCAUGGCCAUGAGAUCAGCAGACCAGAACACCAAGGCUAAGAGUGACAUCCCUGCACACCUUCUCACAUGUCCUUCUCCUUCCAUCUCUCUUUCAGGGAAAAAUGGAGUGUCAGUGACCAUAGGUAGCAAUUCUCAGCUCGCCUGCAAACUCAGACCAAAUCUAACUGUAUUAACAUGGAAAAUAAGCCCCAAGGUUGGAGGCCCCUGCACCUUGGGAUACAGGGCUGAUUUGAACACGACAGACAGAACAAACUGCAGUGACAGCAUAAACUGGAAAUUCAGACCAGAUCUGGAUGCUGCCCUUGAGAUACGGCAAGUGGGAAUAGCCCAGGAGGGAGAUUACACCUGCGAAAUAGCAGCAACAGAAGGGAAUUACCAGGAGAGAUACUACUUGACCGUGCUGGUCCACCCAAGGCUGAGCCUGUACUGUGAUGACCGCGGGACCCCUGUGUGCGAGGCAGCGGCAGGGAAGCCUCCUGCUCAGGUCUUGUGGGUCGUGGGGAGCAACUCCACCCCUGAGGAAGAAGGUCACAAGAACGGGACAGUGACUGUUCUCAGCAGGUUCACAGAACAUAGCAGCAAUGUGAUUAAUGCAACCUGCAUGGUGUUCCACCCAGCUGUGAACUGGAGCAAGUCCAUAGUCUGUCAUCCCUCAAAUAAUGACAUCUCUCUCCUGAGUGUCUACAUCAUUCUUUGUCUUCUGAGCAUUAUCAUCCUCAUGGCAGUAAUUUGGUUUUUCAAGCUCCACAGUGAUAGACUGUGCCACAAAACCAAACCUCCUGAACCUUCUCCAACACAAUCCCCACAGGAUGACACAAUGGAAGUGGAACCUUAUACCACUUACGUGCAGAAGGAAAAUGUAAUAUACAACUCAGUGUCUGAUCUGACAAUGGGGCAGAGUCAUCCACAAGGUCUCUGGCCAGCAACAUGA